AUGUCCACUACUACUUUAGGAAAGUGUCCAUUAUGUUUAAAAGUUCUUGUAAAAAAUUUUAAACGUCAUUGUGAACAUUGUCACGAUAGUGUAAAUACAAAAGAAAAAUAUGAAAAAUUAUUAUUAAAAAUGAAACAAACAAUUAACAGUGAACAUCAACAUACACCAACAUCAAAAUCCACAUCAUCAAAUGAAUCAUCAACAAUGAUCUCGAAUAAAACAUCAGCGACAAUAUCAAAUGAAACAAAUAUUGAACCACCAGCUGUUGAUGGAUAUGUAUCAUCACCUGAUGUUACAUUAAUACCUGAUGAUAAUAAAUCUUUAGAUAAUGUUCAAUUUCCACAUUUUGUUGAAAUAAAAAGUCAUAUUUAUGGUGAUAUUAAAUACAUUUUAAAACAAACUAAAUUUGUAUCGAAACUUGUUGAAUUAGCAUUUGAUGAAACAGUUAGUAUAAAAAAUUUUUUAGUUAAAACAACAUCAACAUUUAAUAAAAUAAAAGAAUCUAUAAAUGAUUUAUUAAUAUUAUGUAACAAAAUACUUGAAAACAUCCCAUCUACACCAACAACUGUUGAUAAAAUACAAUCAACUGAAAAACCUAUUUCUCGUGAUCCAUCUAGAUCCCCAAAAUUUUCUUCACAUUGA